CAGCUAUGGCGACCGCCAACUUCGCCUCCAUCGCCGGUGUGAAGGCCCUCGCCGCGAAGCAGCUCGCCAAGGCCGAGGAGACGCUCAACCGCCUCGACAAGAGGGCGGAGGAGCGCAUCGUCCAGGUCAAGGCGAUCGCCGGGCUGACGGCGCCGGCGCCGGCGGCCGACGCCGUGACUGACGCAGGCGUGAGCAGCGCCGUCGCUUCGCUGCUGCUGCCCGAGGAGCGAGGCGUCGCCGAUGAGGAGGAGGCUGCGCUCGGCCACAUGCCGCCGCUGCCGCAGUCGUCGCCGGACCAGGGCGGGACGAGCGCCGCUCGGUCCGAGUGGCUUGCGCUCCAACAGGAGCUGCAGAUCGUCUCGAUGCACGGCAGGCGGCUGCAGGCGAGGCUUGAGAAGCAGCGCGUCGCGAAGGAGCAGCUCGAGUCGCAUGUGGCGGCCCUCUCCCUCUCCGAGGCGCAGCGAGUGGCAGAGCUGGCCGCCGCCGGCGCCGCUCGCGACGCAGCCUCGUCCCGAGCGGAGGCGGCGGAGGCGACCGCCGCCGCCGCGCGAGACGAGGUCCUCAGGCUCGGGAGGCAGCUCGCGCAGCAGGGCGAGGCGCUCGCACGCGCCAAGUCCGGCUACGGCGCCCAAGCGGACGGGCUCGCAGCGCUUCGGGAGCAGCAGCGCGACACAGAGCGAGCUGCGGCGCAAGUGGAGCAGCUCACGGCCGAGCGGCUCCGAGCGGCCGAGGCGCGCGAGGCGGAGCUCCUUCGGCUCAAUGCGGAGCUCACCUCCGCCCUCGCCGCCGCCAGCCGGGCCGACGCCCCGCCCCGCCGCGCAGCCUCUGCAGACCCGGGAGUGGCGGAGCUGCGGCGGCAGGCGGCGGCAGAGGCGGCGGCGCGGCGCGAUGCAGAGGCCGACGCGGCGGCGGUGCGGGCGGAGCUCGCGGCGGCGGUUGCGGCGCUCGGCGCUGCGAGGCGCGAGGCCGAGGCGGCGGAGGAGCGGAGGGAGACGCUGCAGGCGAGGCUAGCAGAGGCGACAGCCGCGGCCGAGGCGGAGAAGAGGGCGGCGGCGGCGGCGGCGAACGCGGCGGACGGGGGCGUGGUUGCCAGCGGUGCGGCGGCGCCGCACGAGGGGUUUGGUUCGGCGGUCGAGCGGAGCAAGGCGCGCGCCGAGGUGGAGAGUCUGACGGAGGAGCGGGCGGCACUGCGGCUGAGGCUUGAGGCGGAGGCGUCGCGGCGGCGGGCGCUGGAGCGGAGCCUCGCCCUCCGCGCGGCAGCUGCCCCGGGCGAGGCGGUGCGGAUCGACGUGCCCGCGGCGCGGGGCCGAAGCCGAGGCGCCCGCGUCGUGCAGCCGUGGCUCGAGGCUCAAGCGAGUCGCGCCCAGCAGCCUGCGCCGCCGCCGGCGGUGGCGGUGGCAGCGGCGGUGGACGAGGUGCUCGUGCUGCUGGACCGCGCCGCUUGCCUGGUGGGCCGCCCGCUGCGGGCCUUUGCGCUCGCGCGCUGCGCCGCCGUGACUUACGCGCUGCUGCUGCACGGCUGGCUCUUCCUGGCGCCGUUCGCCAGUUUGCUCGCGCUGCCCAUGACGCGGGCGCACGCGCACUCGUGACACGCUCGGGCCUCGGCACGGCGCACAUCGCACGCGUGACGCGCCUCUUGGGAACCGCGCCGCGCCGUUUUUAUUUAUUUAAGAGG